UAAAUGAGUAAACCGAUGUUUCUGUACGAUUACGGCGGCUGCAAUUUGUCUUUUGACAUCCCAUGUUUUCUAUUCACUAGGAACAAACCAGAGGCAGUGGAAGUAACGUUUGCAGAUUUCGAUGGAGUCCUUUAUCACAUUUCCAACCCCAAUGGAGACAAGACCAAAGUGAUGGUCAGUAUUUCUCUGAAAUUCUACAAAGAGCUGCAGGAGCACGGUGCAGAUGAGUUACUGAAGAGAGUGUAUGGAAACUUCUUGGUAAACCCAGAAUCAGGUUACAAUGUCUCUUUGCUGUAUGACCUGGAGAACCUUCCGGCAACCAAGGAUUCCAUUGUGCACCAAGCCGGCAUGCUGAAGCGGAACUGCUUUGCCUCCGUCUUCGAGAAAUACUUCAAGUGCCAGGAAGAGGGGAAGGAAGGGGAGAAGCGAGCUGUCAUCCAUUACAGGGACGACGAGACGAUGUACGUUGAGUCGAAGAAGGACCGUGUCACGGUUGUGUUCAGCACAGUAUUUAAGGAUGACGAUGACGUGGUGCUCGGAAAGGUGUUCAUGCAGGAAUUUAAGGAAGGUCGCCGGGCCAGCCACACAGCUCCACAGGUGCUCUUCAGCCACAGGGAACCCCCCUUGGAACUGAAAGACACGGACGCAGCAGUGGGUGACAACAUCGGCUACAUCACCUUUGUGCUGUUCCCCCGCCACACCAACACCGCUGCCAGGGACAACACCAUCAACCUGAUCCACACGUUCCGGGACUACCUGCACUAUCACAUCAAAUGCUCCAAGGCCUAUAUUCACACGCGGAUGCGGGCAAAAACGUCGGAUUUCCUCAAGGUGCAAGAGAAGAAGGAAAUGAAAACAAUCACGGGGAAGACGUUCUCAUCCCGCUAAGGCCGGGGCGUGGCGGAGGCGGCCGGUGAAGACAGAAGGCUGGAGCACUCGCUACCUGAUCAUCGUAGCUUGUCCCGGGGCACCUCUCCGGGCGCUUAAGGAAUUCAACCAAUCGGGGUCUGUUUUGUACGGCAGUGGGGGAGUAAUCUGCAGAAUCGAGCUAUGCUUGCAAGGACUUACUAGUUCCAAACCACAAACCAACCUGCGUUCCGUUUGGAUCCAUUUCUUUUUUCUUUCUUUUCCUUUUCAGGCUGUUUUGCUUUGCAAUAUGUUACUGGUAAUGAGUUUCAGGAUCUCGUGUGAGACUCCUGCGAAAUUAACUUGUUUUCUUCUGACUAGCUGAGUUCAAAACUCUGUAGCUGAAGAAAUACUGCUGUGGGUUCAUUAAUAAAGGAGAUCUUUCUAUCUUAA